UCGGCGCUGGCACGCACGAAUGAAGACAUCGUUUAGGUGUCGUGCUCCGUCGCCUCAGACACUCAUAUAGCUAGUUAUACACUCGUACUCAACUCGAGGCAGCGCUCUCAGCAAAGGUUUCCCACGUAUGUGUGUCCCGUAGGCGCGGAAGCCGCACGGAGAGAGAGAGGCUGGGUGCGUGACGGACGGACGGCAGCAUUUCAUCCAUCGUCAACGUCUACGCGGUAGACACCGUUAUUCGAGUAUUUGCUUCGCGGGGAUUCGGUGUGUUUGCUGGUGUUAGUGCAGGUUUAUUGUGACGUGACGCGAAAUCGUGAAAUCCGUUCGCUCUGUAUCGAUACCUGUAUACUGGUACGCGUUCUUUGCGAAAUAAACCAGAGAAGAGGCGAGAGAGAACAGGACAGAGAUUCAAGAAUACCCCGCGAAAGGGAGAGAAAGGGAUAGAGAGACAAGGAGACAGAGAGGUAUAAAAUGAAUAAAUAAGUGAUAGUCAGUGAAAGAGAAAGAGAGAGAGAGGAAGAGAGAAAGAGUUAAAGUGAGUGAGUGAGAGAACGGGAGAAUCAGGCCGUGACUACAUCACCGCAUGAACGCGAACAGCGCAUGAGAGAGCGCCGGACAAGGACCACCGUCACCUAUCAUCGUUCUUACGGAUCAUUGUGACUACCACCCCGCAACUUACGUAUCGAAGAAUCGAUCGCAUCAUCGAUACUAAUAAAUCUAAGCGAUUACGACGCAGAGAUACGCCCGUACGAACGUCGCUUCUCCGUGGGACCUGUCCUUCUUAAUCAAACUCACGUACGAGUCAUAGCUACGCGACUAACGUAUAUAUAUAUAUAUAUAUAUAUAGUAUAGUUACAUACUAGCGUAUGUAACACGUCAGCGUACGUUAUACAGUAGGAGCUAUAGAAGCGCGCGGGGGGGGGCAGCAGCGACCCUCCAUCACUUACAGGAGUACAUCUACAUCUACAUCCUUCUCGCCAUGGUGCAGACACCGACAUGCCACAGCCAUGCAAGCUGCUCACGCCACGUGAACGCUUACUGAACUCUCGGCGAAGCACCACGGCCGACGAUAGAUCGCUUCCAUCCGUCGCUGCAUGCUGACGAUGUCAUAUCUACAGCUUGCUGUCCUCCCGUGCGUCUAAACACGUCGGAUAACACACCGCAACGAAUACUAAGGUCGAACAACAAAGAUGUCGUCGUCGUCGUCGUCGUCGACUGCCGUCCUCGCUUCGCAGCCAAAAGAACUGAAGCCCGUCGUUCAGACGUCGGCAAAGAUGAAAUCGAAGCGUCUGCUCCGGACGCCGAAAUGCGCGCGCUGUCGUAACCACGGCGUCGUGUCGUGCUUGAAAGGUCACAAACGAUACUGUAGGUGGCGCGACUGUCAGUGCGCCAACUGUUUACUCGUCGUGGAGCGACAGCGCAUCAUGGCGGCACAGGUGGCGCUGCGAAGGCAACAGUCGCAGGAGCAGAAGAAGGAUGGAGAGACGGAGAAUAAAGCUGAGAAAGAGAAACCUGCCAGUGCGGCGGAGGCGGCUAAGAAGAUCGCUGCCGCCAAACGCGCGUCUGCUCAACUCGCUGCGAAGCCAGCGAAGAGCAGUGGCUCCAUCUCGCGGGAUAUUUUGCAAAGCUGCAGAUCAGCGCGCUACCGCUUCCCAGCGUCCGAUAACACGCGACAGACGCUGCCAUUCAUGAGUGAGAGGAUGAGGAAGCGACGCGCCUUCGCCGACAAAGAACUCAACGAUAUCAUGUACGAACAGGAGCGACACCUAGCGGCGGAAAAAUCGCACCUGGCCGCGUCGCUGCAGCUCCCAGACGCGGCGAUGGUGGCGGCGCGUGGCGGCGGCGGUGGUGGGUUAACUCCGCAGGAUUUUCUCAUGCGGACCUUUCCUCAGCUGAAUGCGAGCGUGCUGGAACUGAUCUACCAAGCAUGCGGUGGCGAUCUACAGAAAACUAUAGAGAAGAUCGUGAUAAGCAGUUCCGGUGCCGCCUACUCGCUGGACAGCCGGUCGUCGCCAGCGAAAUUUCUCACUGCCGACAUGCAGCAGUGCUGGCAGCGGCAGCAGCAGCAGUUGUUGUUGUCCGGGAGAAUCUUCUACCCACUGCCGCCAGGUGGCGCCUGCUCUCGGAGCAGCGUGUGUGUGAGUGAGAUGGAUGGAGGGUUGGCACGCGGGGAUAGAACGGGUUCGAUUCUAAGCGAGAUUCUACAAGAACGCUCGGCGUUUUCCGCCGUCAAGUCGGCAGUGGGUGGACUACAGGAUUCUGGCGUUACGACUCAGUGUAUAUCGCAGAGCGGGAACGACGAAGAUUUAUCGAAGCAACGAGGACAAUCGUGGCUUUCAUUUUCAGUGGAUUCGAUAAUUGGGAAAAAAUAAUCCGUUAAAGGGAUUGCAGUAUGAAUAUUAUUUGUAAUAUACUACGUGACUUGGUUGCUUUCUUUCGUCUGUUCUAAUUGAAAUUUGAAUUUUGUAUUUUCGUGUUUUGCGAAAAUAAAAACAUGUAUAUAACCAUCUUUACAAGAA